ACCGCUCCCCCCACCUAUUCUAUUGAAUUUAUUAUUCACGAUGACAUCCUUACCGCCUUUUGCAGCAACUCAGACAGGACCACGACCCAUUCUACUUCAAAUCGAAGAGCAAUUCAAUAAACGUAUAGACGAAGAUGUGGGAAAACUUGUGGAUUGUUUCUCAGAUAUUGUGAAAGUUGGAGAGAAUAAAGAUAAAGACAAGUUUAAAGUUGCUCAGGAAGGAUACCAAAUCGAAAGUCAAGCUGCCCAAAUUGUUCGAUCCUGCGAAUCUUUGCUAUCGUUAAUUGGGGAAUUGAAACAGAAUUUAUUAUUAAACGAUACCAAAACAUUGUCGAAAUUACGAAAGACGCAAUCUGAAAAAUUAGAAGAUAACACAAUGGCCAUUAAGGCCCAAAUGCAGGUUAUGAAGAAGGAAUUAGCAGAGACCAUUUAUGAUUUGGAAUCAACGACUUAUCGAUCGCUGACAGAUCCUUACGAAAAGGAGAAAUAAAAUUUCGGUUGUUUUUAGUUUUA